CCUCCUUUCUUCUGUCUCUUCCUCACUUCCAUGACGGCCAAGCAUUCGUAUUGUGACAUCUUAAUUGUCGGUGCAGGCCCAGCUGGGCUCAUGGCAGCAACCUGGGCAACUGCUCAGGGGCUGGGCGCAACGACACGCAUCAUCGACAAGCGUAACGACAAGAUCUUUACGGGGCAGGCCGACGGCUUGCAGUGCCGCACGCUUGAAGUCUUUCAGUCCUUUGGACUGGCCGAGGAUGUUUGGCGCCAAUCGAACCACAUGCUUGAAAUCUGCCUGUGGAAUCCAGACGAAAACGGCCGACUGCACCGAUCGAGCCGGAUCCCUGACACGAUUCCAGGGAUAUCGCGAUGGCAGCAGGUGGUCCUGCAUCAGGGCCGCAUUGAGCGACUAUUCCUGGACAAGAUCAAAAAGAGUUCUGGUGAUCAAUGCCGGGUCGAGCGGGGUGUACUGCCAGAACAGCUUGACAUUGACGAAAGCAAAAUCGAUGACCCUACCGCUUAUCCAUGUACGGUCACCUUACGUCAGCUGUCCGACGAAGAAGCAACACCGCCGCAGCUAGGGAAGAGCGCCCCCAAUGGUCUGUUUCGAAGUGCACUUGCGCCCGACGAUACGCCUACCUUGCUCCAGAACAAAGCCGGGCAACGAGAAGUUGUGCAUGCCAAAUACGUGAUUGGCUGCGAUGGGGCUCACAGCUGGACAAGGCGCAGCAUCGGAUCAAAGAUGGAAGGCGAGUCAACCGACUUUGUAUGGGGUGUCAUCGACGCUGUUCCCAUCACCAACUUUCCCGAUGUCCGCAAUCGAUGUGCGAUCCAUUCACAAGACUCUGGCUCCGUCAUGAUCAUUCCCCGUGAAGACGGCCUAGUGCGCUUUUACAUUCAGAUCUCGCACUCGAUUCAGAACGUCGAUCGAAACACAAUCACCUGGGAGGCUAUUCUUGGUGCGGCCCAGAAGACUUUCGCCCCGUAUACAUUGGACAUUCACCCAAACGACGUUUCGUGGUGGACAGCCUAUGUCAUUGGACAAAGGACCGCUGAUGACUUUGCCAAGUUUGAUCGGGUCUUCAUUGCAGGCGAUGCCUGUCACACACAUUCACCAAAGGCCGGUCAGGGCAUGAAUGUCUCCAUGAUGGACACGUACAACUUGACCUGGAAGAUCUGCUCCGUUGUCAAGGGCCACUCUCCCCGUUCGAUUCUCAAGACGUACCAAUCGGAACGACGAAAGGUGGCCAUCGAUCUCAUCACGUUCGAUCACAAAUUCUCACGCCUUUUUUCGGGCAAGCCGGCCAAGGAUGCCGCGGACGAGGCCGGCAUCUCGCUCGACGAAUUCAAGCAUGUCUUUGAGACGGGCAAUCGGUUUGCGAGCGGCACAUCUGUCAACUACGGGCCAUCGCUCAUUGUCGGAAAACGGGCUGAAGAGAAGCAGGACGACGGUACGGCCGUGGAGGAGCCUGGCGCGCUGAGCAAGCCGGAGCUUAGCUCAAACAGAGCAGGCGAGACUCGUAUUGAAGUUGGCAAGCGCCUUAACACGGCCCAAGUUGUCUGCCAGUCCGAUGCCAGACCGUGGCAGCUCGUCGAUUGGAUGCCCUCAGACGGACGCUGGCGCGUUCUCGUGUUCUGCGGCGAUAUUCGAAACGGAGCGCAACUGAGCAAAGUCGAGAAACUUUCAGAGUACCUGGAACACAUCUUGGUGCCACAGUACACGCCCGAGGGGGACGACGUCGACUCCGUAAUCGAAGUGUUGACCGUGAGCAAGUCGCCGAGGCUCGAGGUGGAGCUCACGGACUACCCCAGGGCCCUGAGACCCUUGACGACUCGGUGGCAUCAGCCGGGGACUGGUGGAACUGGCCAGAGCAAGGUCAAGAGCCAAGACUACUGGAAAGUCUUUACCGAUGAUGAUACCUACCACGAGGGCCACGGUCACGCCUACGAAAAGUACGGAAUCGACUCAAGAGGAGCGACUGUUGUUGUUCGCCCCGAUGGCUACGUUGCCUUGCUGAUCUCGCUUGAGGAUCAUGCAGCCCUUGGCGAGUUCUUCUCCCGAUGCCUGCUGCCAGCAAGUCAGCAUCUUUGGACUCGGUCCCGGGGAGCAGCAGAAGCCGUCGAGGAGACAACCAUCAAGCACGACGAAAGCCAACUCAACAAUCCUCUAACAAAUGUCGGUCGAGAAGCAGCAGUGGGCAUUGGUGCAAUCUAAUGAUAUCAUUUUU